CUUGGGUACAAACAUAUCCAGCUCCAUAUCGCAGUUCUAACUCCUCAGUCUUGAUCUUGACGUUUACGAAAUUACCGAUCUGGGAAACUGGUCCCUGUAAUUUGGAGCCGGUGUCUUCCGGGGACUGGCAUCGCGGGUCCACCCGCUCGCCGGGCCUCACGGAUUUACGCCGGCGACAAGGGCAGAUUUUCACCCCUGGUGACAUAUUCUACGACCUGAGUGAUGAAGGUGUAGCCGUAUCCAAUCAUUUUACUGACCCUUUCCGCUGUUGGCUUACAUAGUACUACGGGCUCGUAAAUCCAGUGGACUCUAUGCUUUGUUCGAGCCCCCAAAUUGCGUGAGUCACCGCAAGUCUCAUUGAGUCUGGCUGUCAAUCGCUUUGUCUUGAUGUGAAUGUUGAGAAAUACCGAGCCUUCCUCUCAACAGAUCAUCAGCUGGAGUUCUAGCUAUAAAGGCAAAGGCUUCCCGACUCAGAGCAACGGUGUCAGGCAUAAAAAUACGGUAUUCAUCCUUUCGAUUCAGCAACCUAGGUAACCAUGCUUAACAUUGAGGAAAUCCGUGCUCUCGGAAAUGUCCAUCCAGAGUUUGAGCCUGUAAGUUGUCGAAUACUCUUAGACAUCACAAAUUGUUCACAGCCUUCAGAUCAUCAGGGCCCAUAACCCAAUGCUUAAAGGAUGGGAUAUGAGCACUGACCUGGACUCUUUUCGCGAAAUGAUGGCUCAGGUGAAACAGUAUCGACCCAAACCUGACCCGGCCACACUUUCAUAUUACACCAAGGACUUCAAGAUUUCUCUGAGAGAUGGAUUUGAAGUUGACGCCAGAUCAUAUGUGCCCAAUGGUGAUAUGUCGCCCGACGGACGUCCUGGGCUUGUUGUCUUUCACGGUGGAGGCUUUGUCACAGGUGAUCUUGACACUGAAGCAGGACUAUGUGCCGAGUUCACCAAGCUUGGAGGCAUUGCUGUGAAUAUCGAUUACCGCCAUGCUCCUGAAAAUGUGUUCCCCCAAGCUAUCAAUGACGCCUUUGAUGCUACUGUUUGGGUAUCUCAAAACGUGGACAAGCUUGGAAUCAACCCGUCCAAAGGCUUCAUCAUUGGUGGUACCAGCUCAGGCGCCGAUAUCUCUCUGACCAUCUCCCAUCUUUACAGAGACGCCGAGAGAUUGCACCCUCUUACUGGUGUUUAUGCUCCAAUCACUUCUGGCGUGAAUGAUCAGACGGUCCCUGAAAAGUACAAGGAGUACUUCAUCAGCUAUGAGCAAAAUGCCAAUGUCCCCGUGUUUAGCGCAGAGUCGAUGAAAUUCGUUCACUCAAAGUACAGACCUGACCCAAAGAGCCCUCUUGCUUUUCCGGUUGCAUUCCCCAGUCAUGCAGGCCUUCCCAAGACUUACUUUCAGGCCUGUGGGAUGGACCCUGUCAGAGACUGCAGCAUUGUGCUUGAACAAAUCUACAGGGACGAGGGAGUGCCCACAAAGAUUGACAUCUACCCGGGUCUUCCCCAUGCGUUCUGGGCUAUAUUUCCAGAACUUGAGAUAUCGCAGAAGCGAGAGCGGGAUGCCGUCGAGGGUCUAAAGUGGUUGCUGGCUGGGUCAGGGCCCUAGGCAACGUGUAUGCCAAUGGACGCUUUGUUAUUGUUUCGUUUCAAUGAGUCACACAAGCAUAUUGAGAUGUCGAAUCAGCACUGGUAGUCGUGUGCUUCCACGCGUGCGAAAUGGUUGGGGGUACAGGUGACGUAGACCAGCCGUGUAAGUGGGCAAACUGAAGCAGCUGUGGCCAAAACUACGAGUCUUUUUUGAGAUCUUGGGGUGAACCGUAAAAUAGAAGAACAAGGGCAUCUGAAACCGUCUACUAAUUUGAAUAUCUGCAAAAUUGAAUAUGAAGAAAAAAUCUCCAGGAAACACUUUCUGAGAACAGUG